CCGGCACGGGGGGGGCGCUCCGCCGCCGCCGAGCGACGCGCGGGCCAUGUCGGCGCUGGAGUGGUUCGCGCACAAGCCCCUGGGCGGCGGCAUCUUCUGGAUCCAGGAGCGCUUCUACGAGUCCGGCAACCGGGCCAACAUCUGGCUGGUGCGGGGCUCGCAGCGGGACGUGGUAAUCGACGCGGGGCUGGGGUUGCGCAGCCUGCCCGACUACCUGCGCGACUCCGGGCUGCUGGCGCCGGCUGAGGGCGCCGGGCCGCGGCCGCUGCUGGCCGUGGCCACGCACGUCCACUUCGACCACUCGGGUGGGCUGCAGCACUUCGAGGAGGUGGCGGUGCACAGCGCCGAGGCGGCCGCUCUGCUGCGCGGUGACAACUACGAGGCCGUGACGUGGCUGUCGGACCGGGAGGUGUCGCGGCCGCCGCGGCCCGGCUGGAGCGCGCGGCAGUUCCGCGUCCCGCCCGUGCGGCCCAGCCGCCUCCUACAGGAAGGGGAUGUGAUCAGCCUUGGAGAUCGACAGCUCACUGUCAUGCACAUGCCUGGUCAUUCCAGGGGCAGUAUUUGCCUACAUGACAAGGACAGGAAGAUUCUGUUCAGUGGGGAUGUGGUAUACGAUGGAUCCAUGAUUGACUGGCUGCCCUACAGCAGAAUCAGUGACUACAUUGCAAGCUGCCAGCGCCUUAUGGACUUAGUGGACAGAGGACUUGUGGAGAAGGUACUGCCUGGGCACUUUAACAUAUUUGGGGCAGAAAGGCUCUACCGGUUAGCUUCCAACUACAUCUCCCAGGCUGGAGUUUGUCACAAGAUUUCUACCUGUGCCAUGAGAUCCAUUGCAAGCAUAGCACUUCACGUUACAAAUUCAAGAAUCACUUCUCAGUGACAGUUUUGUGUGAUCUGUCACCUUCUGUAAAACCAAAUGGCUUGUGAAAUAUGUGAAAUGGCUUGUGAAAUGGCUUGUUGAUACAAACAAAAGCAGUAUGCAUUAGCAAAAGGAUGGUAAAUUGAUAUAGGUGAGCUGCAAAAAUUCUCCCUAUUUUUACCUACUUUAUUUGUAUUUUUAUAAUAACUGCGUAAGGUAGUAGCGUUAGCCAAAGCUACUUUUGUUCUAUUUUUUCAGGGCACAUUUGCACAUGUAUUGCAAUUGAAAUAUGUUACUUUAUUUUUGUUACAAUUAUGACAGAUGGAUUUAUGCAAAAAUGGGAGGUUUUACAUUCAUACCUGAAACCAUGUUGAUGUAGUACUAGGCUUGUGAUUGUUCCUCAACUCCUGCUCAGGUUUUGCUAACAGAGCACUUGCUAAGACCUAGGGUGUGGUGGGAGCAGCACCAUUAGGACAAAGCAAGAGCAACACCUAUGCAGGACUCAGUGGGCAGAAAAGAGAUAGAUGGGCCGCACCUCAGCCAUUGCCACAGGGAGAGGAGUGGUGUCUACUGCACCCCUCAUCACCUCCAUCUUUAUCUUUGCGUAGUACCUGUCUCACAGUUUCUUUAGAAUACACUAGCACAUGGAAAUUCUAUAGACCAAACUUCCAGGCUGGAAGUCAGAGAUACAUCAGCUUACCUAAAAAGUUUUUGGUGCAGAUCCAAGAGCAGAUGGACUUGCUGAAGCCUCCAUGUUUCCUGGUGUGGUGCAAUGAAUGGCUGCACCAGGAGUGAGGAGCGAGCAGGAGCACUCUCACCAUAGGCUAGGAAACUGUUUUGCUUGUUUGUGUGUGAAUUAGGAAUUGUGAACUCAUGAAUUAAUGUGUUAGACUAGCGUGUACAAAGUAGAUUGAGCCUUUGCUUGAUGUGUUUAUUUUUUUUCUGAUGAGCUCAUAAAAAUAUUUAUAGAGUAUGUUGUUCUGGAAGUUUGAGAGAACUGGACUGUGACAGGCUUAAAGGUUUUAUUUAAGAGUAUUUUUGUGUGACUGUAUUGUAACUUGGUUGUUGAUGAUCUGUGUUAAGGGAAGGAUGGAGGCUUUAACAUGGCCUUUCCGUAUUCCAGGGUACUGCAUGAAGCAGCUGAUUGACUUGUUACCACAAAGUGAAUGUAACUUGAACUAUUUACUGUUCGUUCUGAAGUGUGUUUGUAUCUGCACAUGGUUUUUAUGAAAUGUAAAGUGUGUUGCAUUUGAGUCUGUUCCAAAACAAUGUUGAAUGCAUUGAAAACUGCUACACUAGAUUGUAACUUGCUUAUGAAAAUUGAAUGUGUGAUAUUUAAAAGCUGUUGAAAUGGUUAGUUUGUGCAAUUAUUCAAACAGUCUUUAUAUAUUUAACUUUUGUAAAAGAAUGCUGCCUGAUGUUAUUUUUGUACAUAGACAUAUAUAUGUUCCUAGAAAAAGGGCAAAUGUUUCUCCCAAAUUUUAGUGCAGUUUAGCCUUUCUUGUUUGGCUUUCACUUUUGCAGAAACUUUUUCCCCACAUCAUAGCCAACAGAAUGGGAGCGCAAAGUUUGGGCUCUAUCUAAGGCAUGGGGGAAUGGAAGCUGAUACUCCUCUGAAUAGGUGCAAAUUCUGGUGAAAAAA